AACCUAUUCCUCCCGCCAAAUUCUGAAACAUACGUCAACCUGAGAUAGCGGUGUUUCAGUGCUUCCGGGCUUCAUUAAGACUUUAUAAUGUCCUCCGUUAACGUUGAGGGUUGUGAUGACUGUAAGAUGAGUGAAGAGGGAGAUGAAGACGACAGGAGUGUUGGAGAUCGACCGAAUUUUGCUCUUGUUACCUUGCAAGAUACAGAAGAAAUGAUGGUAAUGCCAUCAAAAUGGUUAAACACAGACAAGACGCAAUGUCGCUGGCCCCCAUUCAGAUCACCAGAGAAGUUAACAGAAGCUGUUAGAGACGGGCUUGAACCUCCAACAGCAGGGAAACCAUGGGAGAUGUUAAAUAUAGUCCUUCAUAAAGAAUAUGACACUUUUGAGGAGGCUAUAAAGAAACAAGAAGAACUAAAAGAACAGAAAGAUGGAAUGUAUGCAGUCGUUACCCUGCAAGAGUCAAAUGAGCUGACUGUGAUACCAGUGAAUUGGUUAAAGACACAGUGCUACUGGCCUCCAUUCAAGACACCAAAGGAGUGCUUAGAAGCUGUAAAAAACAGACUUGAACCCGUCAAGAGAAAAAGUCCUUGGGAACUAGUAAAUAUGGAUCUUCAUGGAGAAUAUGCCACCUAUCAGCAGGCUAGAGAGAAACAAGAAGCAAUUAGUGAGCAGAUGGAACGGCCCUCUACCUCUCUAAAAACAAACAAUCCAUCUACACCGCAGACAUCAUGCUCCACUCAAACCUUUGGUGUUAAAAGAAAACGCGACAAGUCACCAGAUAUUACAGUGCAGCCUCUGCUAACCGCAGGGAACAUAAAUAUGGACCCAAAGACGAAAUCAAAGCAGAUCAUGGAAGAAAUUAAAGAAAAAGUUCAGGCAAUCCAGGACACAGACCCCACCUUUACUACAAUAAAAACUCACAUUCUAGAUGCCAUUUCAAAGAUGGAUAAAGACACCAGAAGGAAGACAACCAUUGGGAUUUUUGGCAGGACAGGAGAAGGGAAAAGCUCUUUAUUAAACGCAGUACUGGGAGAUCAGUUUUUACUGCCAUCUGGUGGUUUUGGUGCAUGUACAGCUGUUAUAACACAAGUGGAGGCAAAUCUGAAUGACUCCAACUACAUAGCAGAGAUUGAUCUCAUUUCUAAAGAGGAAUGGGAAGAUGAGUUCGCUCUUUCAGAUAAAAGAGAGGAAAACGAAUUAAUAGAAAUGACUAAAGAAAGGAUCACUGCCCUGUUUGGAGCUGAGGCAGAAGAGAAAACAUUAGAGGAGCUGAAGAGAGAUGACAAAUAUAAAGAAAUAUUAAAUGUUUUGUCUACAGGAAAGAAGAUCAUGUCAAGCAGUGAUCCGUCUGCGUUUGCCAGCGAUGUUGUAUGUUACAUAGAAAAUAGUGUAGCAAAUCCCGGUGGCUGGUACUGGCCGCUUGUGAAGAGUCUGACGAUCAAAAUCCCAAAAUCUUGUGAACUCUUGGAGCACAUUGUCCUCAUUGAUCUUCCUGGGACUGGAGACUGCAACAAGAUCAGAGAUGACCUCUGGAAAACUAAAAUAAGAGAGUGCUCUGCUGUGUGGAUUGUAAGUGACAUCAAGCGAGCGAUUACAGACAGAGACCCUUGGGGAAUAUUAGAGCAUUGCAUUGAAGAUUUGGGACCUGGAGGAGAAUGCAAACAUGUAAACUUCAUCUGUACUAAAACUGAUGAUAUGAAACCAGCAGAAUACCUCAAAUCUGCAAAGCUUACGGAGGCCCAGAUUUCAGGACAUGGUUUAGAUGUGAAAACAAAGUGCAUACUUCAUAGAAAUGACCUUGCACAGAAAACAAUAACAGAAAAAUUGCAAAGUUCUAAAAGUGAAGAAUCAAAGGAAAGAUUCAUCACUGAUGUUUUCACUGUAAGCUCCGAAGCAUUCUUUGAUCCAGAAUUAAAUCUGAAGGAUGUAGAAACAGAGAUACCUAAACUGAGGGAUAUCCUGAUAAACCAAAACAAGAGCAUCAACCAAAAACUGACCAGAGAUUAUAUCAAUGAAGCAAAAGGAAUUUUGUCCUUGAUCCAAAGCGUCCAACUUGAUAAAGAUAAAAACAUGGAACUGAAGACAAACCUAGAGAAAGAACUGAAGCUGCUGGAUGAUCAUUUUGAAGAUCUUUAUGAGAAUCUGAAGAAAUGUCUCUCAAAGGGUGUAGAAGAAUCAGUGAGAUUGUGUGUUAAGACCACACAAGACAUGUUAUCAUCUGCUCGGCCAAAAUCUAACAGAGGAUUUCACAGAAUUUUUCGAGCCAUGUGUGAGAGAGGAGGAUCCUACUGGCCAAAAAAAAGGAAUGAACCUUUAAAUUUAAACAAGUGUUUGUCCAAACACAUGUACGACAGCAUUAAUAAGGAGUUUGGGUUGAUGUUUCCGAAAACAAACUGAAGGCAUCACUCAGCAGAGUCAUCGUAGAAAAGAAGAAGGAAAUCUACUUAACAAUCUAUACAGCCAUUAAGAGGAAAAUGGCUCCGGGCUACAAGAAAGCUGCUGAGGAAAAAGGUGAAGGAUCCAUGCAGAGGAUGGAGAAAGCAAUAAUGGAAACAAUCGAUGAGUUAAAAGUUCAAAUGUUCAAUGAGGCAAAAGUAGAAAUGCUUGAGAUGUUCAACAACUUGAAGACGCGUAUAAUGAAAACUCUUGAAACAGAGCUGAAGAGUUCAGUGAACCACUCGCUUUCACAAAUCAGCAAAUUCAACCUCUUGGAUGUCUCCAGAGAGAUUCAUGAGCUAGAUAAACUAUCAGCAGCAGUUUGAGGUCAAGCAGGAGCCUGUUCCAGUCCAAUGACCAAUCAAAACUGGCCCAAUGACCUCAGCCCAAAUACCAAAAUAUGUCAAUCCCAUACCUUUAAUUCAUUAUUAUCAUAAUUUCUUCUUUAGUAGUAAUCACAAACAUGCAUAUGGUUUGCUUUCAUAAAAAACAGUUUUCGUUACAUAAUUUUCGUCACAGUCAUUUAUCAUAUAUUUCUUAGUUACCCAUUUGUUAUUCUUAUUUUUAUUACGGUUGUUUAUGUUGGAUGCUGUACCUGUCUUAUAAGAUAUUGAUCUCCAUCUCGUCAUAAGAAAAUGUUUAGAAACCAUAUUUCUUCCCACCAUUUUUCAUUAUAAAAUAUUCCUUUCAAUCGAUUUAGUAUUAAAGUUAAACUCAGAUUAUUUUUAAUUUCUUGUCUGAUAUUCUAUCCUGCAUCUCUGUACCAACCGAGUUGAUAUCUCGAUAGGCUUAUUCAAACAGUCUGUGGACUUUUCACAUGUGUGAGCUUCUAACACAUUUUUAUACAGUUUGCAAAAUGUACUUUUCCAUUAAUGCAUGAGGCAGAUGCUUUUAUCCAAAGUGAAUUAUUGUGCAAGGAAUUAAUUUAUGUGUGGUUGCUGGGAUUUAACCCAUGGCAGUGCAUAAAUCAUUGCGGCUUCCGUAUAUUUUUUAUUAUAUGUAGAGUUUUUGUCUUUGUAACAAAAUAUGUGAAGGGAACUGUUGGGUCUUUAAGCAAAUUUUAAUUUUCAAAUGAAAUAAAUAAGACUAACACAGAAAAAGUACCUGAUACAAAACAUGAAGCUUUAAAAUAAAAUUUUAAAGUUUUAUCACGU